AUGCCUCGUAUCCCUUUUUACACUAAAAAAGUUGGGAAAUCCAUUUUUUAUGGUCCUGAUGACAGUAUUCCUGUACUUGUUGCUCUUUUAAUGGGAUUUCAACAUUUUUUAGCCGUGGUGGGAGGUAUCAUCACACCUACAAUUAUUUUAUCUGGUGCUGGCUCAAACAAUUUGAAUUUGGAUGAAGAUACACGUCAAUACAUGGUAUCUGUUUCUCUUAUUGUGAGCGGUAUCAUGAGUAUCUUUCAAAUCGUUCGUUUCAAAAUCCCCAAAACAAAUUACUACUUCGGUAUUGGAUUACUGCAGAUUGCUGGUGUUGCUUUUGCUAAUAUGCCCGCAGCCCAGGCUGUUGUUGGUAACAUGUAUAAAAACGGUCAUUGUCCUACCGAAAUUCUAGCCGAUGGUUCAACGGGCUAUUUGCCAUGCCCAGAUGCUUUUGGAGCUAUUCUGGGUACACAAAUGCUUUGUGCACUUUUAAACAUUGCUAUCAGUUUCUUACCUCACCGCGUACUUCGAAAAUUGUUUCCCAAGAUUGUUACUGGUACUGUUCUCGUCGUAAUUGGUGCUUCACUUAUUGGUAACGCUAUGAAGAACUGGGCUGGUGGAUCCGGUGCCUGUAUGAGCCGACCAUUAUCUGGAGAUUAUGUGCUUUGUCCGGAUAUCUAUGCGCCUAAUGCACAAGCUUGGGGUAGCCCAAUGAAUUUCGCCAUUGGUGGCGCUGUAUUUGGCUCGAUUAUUUUGAUUGAAAUUUUGGGUUCUGUCUUUUUGAAAAAUAUCUCUGUCAUUCUUGGUUUAAUUAUUGGUGUUAUUAUGACAGUUUCCUUGGGUAUGUUUGAUAACACAAGUAUUGCCUCUGCUCCGGUGAUUACUUUUCUUUGGGUCAAAACUUUCAAUUAUAGCAUUUAUCCUCCCGCUAUUUUACCUUUUCUCUUUACCUGUUUGGAUAUGAUGAUUGAAUGUUUAGGUGAUUUAACGGCUGCAAGUGAUGUUUCAGGUUUACCUGUAGAAGGUACUGCUUUUGAGGAACGUUCGCAAGGAGGUCUUCUUUGUGACGGUAUCAGUAUUAUUCUAUCGGGACUUUGCUCUACAAUGGGUGUCAUUACCUACAGCAACAACAAUGGUGUGAUUGCUGUCACUCGAUGCGCUAGUCGAACAGCCGGACUUGUAUGUGCAGGCCUUUUGAUUCUUUGUGGCAUGUUCAGUAAAAUCUCUGCUGCUUUUUUGGCUAUUCCUAAUCCUGUGGUAGGUGGAAUGACCUUGUUUAUCUUUUCAUCAGUUGGUACUUCUGGUAUUCGUAUUUUAGGAUAUCUUGAUUGGAACCGUCGUGAUCGAGUGAUUGUAGCAUCUUCCUUAGCUAUUGGACUUGGUGUAUCUCUCGUUCCAGAUUGGUUUACAUAUGUUAUGCCUGUAACUACAAAUGAAGCUGCACAAGGGUUUUAUGAUUCUAUCAGCACAAUUGUCGAAACUGGAUAUCUUAUGACAGGAUUGAUCGCUAUUUUACUUAAUUGGAUUCUUCCUGCCGAUUUGCCAGAGUCCUUUUUGGGAGAAGAUAAGGAAUCGAUCAGUGGUCAUAGUCGAUUAUACAGUGACGAGGAAGAACAAAAGAGUGUGUCCUGUAAAAUUGAGACUACCGGCCCCAAGCAUUUGUAA